GACAGUCUUACUGCCGCUGGUUUUUGUCCUGAUGUUCCCGAAGAUCGUGAACAAGUCAUUUUUCGAUACAAAAGUUCAAGAUCAAUUCAGGCGUCAGUUAAGUACUAUGACUGGAGGACGAGGAGACAUGAUCGGUUUGGGGCUAUCGGACGAGGAGAAGCAAGAAGACGAGACAUCGGAAGGGGAGGCAACUAAGGAAAACGGCGAGAAAAAGAGCAAGAAAAGGGAUAAAUCUAAGAAACAGGAGCAGCCGAUAAAACCGCCUUUCAACUUUGACCUUGCUGAGUUUCUUGCAGACUAUUUUUCCAAAGAAAAAACAACAAAAAACUCUGAUAAUAGAUCACAGCAGCAGACCACCACGUGGAAAAAUCGACGUAAACAGAGGAAAGGGAAACACUGCACAGGAUAUGAAAUUUGAAGCAAAAAGAGGAAAGACAACAUGUGUACAAGAUGCCCCUUCUAUUGUGUGACAUGAGACGGCCCUAACUAUUUUGUCUUCCACUUCCUCGCCCUCGUUAUAUAUUCUACUAUAAUACAUGCACGUUAGCCGAUUAUUUAUUUAACACAACCAUCUGCAUGCUUUGGAUACUGUAUCACAAUGCGCAAUGGCAUAACUUGACAUGACCUCUAAUAAUACUGUAGGUAUGGUCUUACAGAAACAGUUUCAAUUACUCCGUUUGCUGUAAGUCAAGCAUGGCCCUUUGAUAUUAGAAUACCUGCAAUAGAGGUUCACCAUAAAAAGCAAUGUCGUCUGCCAGGCAUCAUUAGAAGAGAAUCAGUUGUAGUCUGGCAUACAUUGUUAAGGCACGGUAAAUAUUAUGAUUAUCUUCAUAUUUGAAACAAAUUGGGUAUCGCCUACAUUGCACAUGCAUUUGAUUCAUACUACAGAGUUUUGACCAUUAUAAUUGACAAAGACUUUGAUGACAUGCAAUUUUCCGAUUUUAUCUGUGUCAAUAUAAACUCCGUUAUAAUUACUGUGCUUGUCGUAGGUUGGAUCGUUGGUUGACUGUCGUCGAGUUAUUGUUUUUACAUACAUUGUAUAUUCAUAUGCUCCUCUGACAUCAAGACGAUUUUCGAUGUACCCUACAGUUUUUGUAACCAACAACCUUGUGAAAGCAUUACAUCCAUGCAUGAAUACAGCAUAUGUCGCCAUUGAAGCUGUACAUUAUUAUCUGGAGAGCGGCUCGAGACUGUCGUUGGCAGGUGGCUUUGUCAACAAGACAGUAGGACAGGUAACCGGAUAUACGGCUGGGACUACAGGUGCGGUGAAGGUAGAACUGUAUAUGGUUCCAAAAAUGUAAAACAGAUUAGGAUUUUUGACAUUUCAAUUAAGACUCACAAUCUUAAAUAGAUAGAGAAAUAAAAUGAAAAAAUAAAUAAUUACGAAAACGAAUUCAACUUUUUCAUAUUCUUGAUAUUUACCUGUUGAAAAUAUCAAAGUUUAAAUAAAAAAAAGAAGAAAAAAAAGCUUUUUAAAUUUAAACUGUGAAGGGUUAAACCGUUCGAUCGCUUCCAUAACACAACCAUCUUGAUUACUGUAUUUUUUAUUAUAUGUGUAAUAUUUUUCAUUGUGAGUUUAUUUGCCUCAUGAUGUCGAAGAUAUUAUUUUUUGCAGAUUUUUUUUUGUAUAUACAAUGUUUGUUAAUAGAAUGAUAAGGAUUUGUAAUUGAUAUAUUUCAUAUUCACCUAUAUCUUGCAUCCGAGGACAAGGUAACAUCCACUCACCAUACAGGUAUCUGUAUAUAAUAACGUUUCUGCUGCACGUACCUACGUACAGUAGAAACUAUAAUCACGUUACUGUUAUAUAAAUAGUCCUCUACUUACGGCUAGCAUAUCGUAACUUAUAAGCUAGCCGGACAAUAUAAGUUGAUUACAAUACCAUCCCCAGUGAAUUCUGGGAGAUACCGGCAUGCUCAGCCUCUUUUCCGAUUUGGGCGCGAGACGGACAAGACGUGCUUUUGGGAGUCCCUUAUUAACAAGGUAAAUAACUUCUAUUUUGAUCGCAUGCUAUUGAUAUGCCGCAGAGGGCAUUAAUAUGUUAUUGUCAGCGAAUGCCGAUGAGGGCAUUUUUAAUAACGUAGCGAGUAUGCCGCAGAGGGCAUUAUAAUUUAAGACUGCCGAUGAGGGCAUUUUUAGUAAUAGUUAAUUGCAUGAGAUGAUUAUGCCGCAGAGGGCAUUAUUAUUAUUAUCAUUAUCAGUGAACGCCGAUGAGGGCUUUGUGUUUGAGUAAAUGCCAUGUUGGUUGCGCAUA